AUGGCGUCGCCUCUCAGUACCGUCUCUGCGUCUUCACCACGGCAAGCCCACACAGAGUAUGCCGAUGGACUCGAGGCGUACAUUCCUGGGACGCAGGACUAUUACGACCAGGAAUGGUCUACGACUGGACGUGAAAGCGGCUUCGAUCACUUUGCGCCGCGCGGAAGCGCUCAAGCAUACGGCCAAGGACCGGAAUCGUCUAUUCCAGCGACAUAUGGAGCUUUCAUCCCGACUCGUUCCGCGACUGAAUACGGGAGCGGGCUCAAGUCUUUCACCCCAUCGUCGGAUCUGAAGGAAGUGCAUAACCCAGCUGGCGGCAAGGAGGUAUACCAUCCCGGCGGAGAAAUGGAGGCAUAUACUCCUCGAGGAGGGGCUUCCCUUCAAGAAGCGAGAAUUUUCGGCCUGCGAAGACGGACAUUUUGGAUUGUGCUCGCCAUUGUCCUCAUAGUUGUCAUUGCGACAGCUGUUGGAGGCGGUGUGGGAGGGACGCUCGCGAAUCGUCACAACGACGACAGUGACGCGAGCUCGAAUGGAGGGUCGAGCGGAUCAUUGGUUGACGCAAUGUCUAUAUUGCCGAGCACAUCACUUGCAGCCGUCAAUUUCACAGACCAGUACGGGUACGACAAUCUGCUCGUCUUCUAUCAACUGCGCUCUCUAGCCCUGGCCCAAUCAGCGUUCAACUCGUCAACGGGGAGGUGGUCGACGUCGCUGGUCAACAACAAUACGGACGCGAUCAAGAACGGAACGGCCCUGUCGGCAAGCAUCUUCUGGCGCAGCAAAGAGAGUCGCGACACGCGAGUCUACUACACGAGCCCCGAUGACAAGAUCUAUGGCCUGGUUGUCGGUGGACAAGGCCUUGCCACGGCCGAAGCAAGCUGGUCGGCCGUAGCUGGCGUAUCGGGGAACUUUGUUGCCGCCCCGAACUCACGACUCGUCUCAAGUGGGAAAGAGAAUGCCGACUCGUAUGAGGGCGAUUUCCUCAUGUACCAGGACAUGUCGGGAGUGAUACGAGUCCAGCGGCGUGAGAACAAGAAUGAUGGCAACAACGGCGGCAAAGCCGGGCAGUGGUCAUCGUCCAACGUGCCGUUCGGGCUGGGCCGAGCGACCAACGGUUCAGGGAUGGCGCUGAUACCCAUUUACAACACAGGGCUCCGAGCGCUUAACCUAUUUUACAGCAACGAGACUAGCGGCAAGACGCUCGCACACGCCAAACUCAUGCACAACACAGCCUGGACUGGCGAAAGCCUCCCAACAGGACUGGACGAAGGCGCGACAUUGACCGCGUUCUCCUGGGGCUACAACAGCACCGAGGUGCAGGACAAGAAACCGAGAGGCAGAAGCAGGAGAAACCUAGUGGGUGCGAAGAGCAACGCGACAGUGCAUGUGCUCACAUUGAAGACCGGGCGCAAUGUACAGCUUACGGCUUUUAGCGGGGGCCAGUGGUCGUUUAAAGGGGAUGUGCCAGGUAUCAGGAAGCGUGGGCAGACACCAGGAGUGAUUGCUGCAAGUCAGGCGGGGAGAAUCUACGGUGUCGUGAGCAGCGGCAGUGGUGAUGGCGUAGAGAUUGUGGAGUGGAAGUGGAAGAGCGGCGAGGAGUACGAGGAGGUGGGAGUUGUUGACACCAGACAGCUAUAG